AUGCAGAUUAGUCAGUUAGCUUUCAUUUUAUUGUUUACAGGAGACCUUCAUGGAAAUUUCCCUGAUCUUAUCAAUUUUGAGAAGACAUUAUGGGGUCUUGGUCCAACACUUACACCAAGUUGUUUCUUAUUUCUUGGAGACUAUGUUGACAGAGGGGCUUACAGUGUUGAGGUUAUAGCUUAUCUUUUUGCUUAUAAAGUUCAGAAUCCAAAGCGGAUAUGGCUUCUCAGAGGAAAUCAUGAGAUCAGAGAAGUACAAUUGAGGUACACAUUCCUCAAAGAAGCAACAACAAAAUUUGGAGAAACUUUAGGAAAACAAGUGUGGCAAUCAGUAAACUUGGCAUUUGAUGCUUUACCAUUAGCUGCUGUUAUUGAUGACAGGGUAAGUUGUUAUAUUGGUACACUCAAUGGCAUUUAA